GCCAGCUUAUACUUUUAAUACUUUCAUGUUCACUUCAAAUCUACUUUUUUUUGGAAUCUACUAGGCAUGUCUCCAGGAUCAUCGACUGGAAUGGUUUCGGAAAAAUGCGGAGACGCUGAAUCAAAGCGUGCACCAUACCCACCACCCCUUCGUCUUGCACGAAGAGUGUGCUACCCACAGUACACUCAAAAAUCGCUUGACAUGCGUGCACAGGAAAAGUUGGUGGGAAGGAAGAGGGAUAUGAAAAUGGCAAGAUUUCUCGCAAAGCAGGCUAAAGAAAGCAAAGAAAUGGUCAAAAAGGCGGCCAAGGAAACAACCGAGAAAACCACCAAAAAUGAUUCAACUGUUUAAUAAAAAGCUAUAAAAAACCAUACUUGUUGAUUGCUGUUCCCAUAAUAUUACAUCUUAACUUUUACAACAGAGCAACUUUUUUAUAAUAUAAAAUACAGUUAUUUUAUCUUUUAUUUUUUAAAUCAAUGUUUUUAUCUACAUAUGUACUUCAAAUAUAAUAAUUAUUUUACAUAAACCAUUGUUUUACACUACAAA